UUGGCUGACUUGAAUUAGGUGGCUGAUCUCUGGGAUGAUGCCGGAGAUACCUAUGUCUACCUCUUCCCUCAAAACUCUGGUCGACCGCCUUCGUUCAAGGUCGAUUCCGCUAUUUUCUCUGCAUCCGCUUCUCUCACCCUCCUUGCCCGCGGGAAUCCUUCUCCUCCUCAGUCUACGCGAGGUGGCCAGGGCCGAUCCCGAGAUCCUAAUUCGUCUUCUCCUCCUCUUUCAGCACAAAAUGGAUCUAGUUAUGAUGAGGGCUCCGACGGACAGUCGCAGGAUGGUUUUCUAGACGACGAAUCACCGGAGUUGCACCUAUACAUGCCCGUACCCCUUACCGGCGAUCUUCCCUGCGGCCGAGAGCAGCCUGUCCUUUCUGCUGAUGAUGUGGAUAUGCUAGUACUUUUCCGCAAUCUGUUUGCCUUCCUUAUCGGCCAGGCGUUGAUCGCAACGCCACGCACCCCGUCUAUCUUCAACAUUUUUAUGGAAGUGUCCGGGCUCCUAGAUCGAUUUGGAUUCACCAACUUGGACCAGUCAACUUUUGGAGAGACUGCCACCAGCAGCUUUGGCUGCUAUUGCGAUGAGCUGGAUUUGAUCGAUGUCCGUGCUUCGAGGGAACGUGCCUUGGAUGCUAUCAUCCUUGGUGAACGUAUGAAGUAUCUCCCUCUGUACCAGGAGGGUUUCACUCAUGGUGUUGCAGUGCUUGACGAUCUAAAGAAGUUCGAGACGAAGUAUAACCUUGUUUCUGCAGUGACUCGAAAGAGGUUGGAGCGAGGAUACCUAGACCUGGACAACAGAAUAAGAACAUGUGCUGUCAAGAUCGAUGAGUUCGAAUUCCCUUCUUUGUUCUCUGGUAUUGCCAACUCGAACGUCGCAAAUGAGGCCAAAGUCAUCCGCUUCAAGAACUGGAAGAAUGCAUACCUCAGCUAUCGAAAAAAUGUCAUGAACUAUUACCGCGCUCGUUUCGGCUCAUGGCCUCCCAAGGCCAGCAAGAAGAACCAGUUCCAGGAAAGCGGCCUUAACCGCUUGGUUCUUCGAGAGCUUUACCAGGACUUCUGCGAUCUCUAUGACAUGCUUGCCGACCGCACCGACCUCACCACCCGCUCCGCAGACAUGACUACCUCCGUCUUCAAGGCUGAAGACUCCAACUCUACCUCUCAAGCACUUCGACAGAUCAUGUCGGAAUAUGACCGCAGUACACCACCGGUUCAGCCACCAAUUCCCUUUGACAUUCCCCGUUUGCCUUCUAUCCAUUCCAUACGGCGCAAGCUAGAUCCAAAGCGUGAAGCCAAGGAGCGUGCAAAGCGACUUACUACGGGUGAAGUGAACGAGAUUCUGGUCUCCAGUUACAACCACGCAAGCAUGAAACCGACCCCUUUCCUGGAGAACUUCAUGAACUAUGAGCGUCGCGUUGGCCACGGUAAAUGCGCUGACGAGCUUGCGGAUAUGCGUUGUGCACAGUGGCUAUUCAUGUACGCUGUCAUACAAUCAUUGCCAAUGCUUGUUGUGGAUGCCCCGGAUCUUAGGUGUACACAUGGCGUGGAGUACUUCCUCUGCAUACCGCCAUGGGGUGGAUCUCCUUGGUGCGCUUCUGACCCAAAGAAUGGCAAGAAGUGGUUUGGUGUCGCUGGUGGGUCUGGCGUUGUCAAUCUACCAUCGGAUGUGGUUGCAAAUGGCGUCGAUGCUGUCUAUAGGCGCAGUCACUGUUGGCAGGUUGCCUUGAAGUGGGCAGAUGAGGGACAGCUGAACUCGUCUGUUAUGCUGGACCCUGCUUCACAACAGCCAGAGGAGCCGCAACAACCACCACCGCCUCCCCCUGUUCCGCAGAGCCAGCCACAAUCACCGCAGCAGCAAUACCAAGCAUACCCUCAGUAUCCCCAACCUCCACAGCCAUACCAAUCACCGCAAUAUCCUCAGCAACCACCGUAUCCAGCACCACAAUACCCGCCGCCGCCGCCACAGCAGCAGCAGUAUCAGCCAUACGCUCAACCAUACCAGCAGCCGCAGUAUCCUCCGCAACAAUACCAACACUACCAACAUCCAUCUCUCUCUAUUUCAACACCUGAUCAGUCUACUGCUGGCUCUCUCCCUCCCUCAGGUACCCCGACUGCCUGCCCGCCCAACCAGGCUCAGAACUUUUACCCAUUCCCUUACCCGCCACCGCUCUCAUCUACCGGCUCCUCUUCAGACAGGCAACCUACUCCACUUCUUACACCAGGCGAUACUACACCUCCUAAUCUCCCCAUGCUCAAUCUCCGACCACCAAGUGCGUCAUUUGGUCGUGGUGCCGGAACCCCAGGCAACCGUUCCUCGAUAUACAUGGGCCUUGAAGCCUUGCCACUACCAGCUGGUGUUAGCCCCGUGGAUACAUCAGGAAGAUCAUCGACUCAUAACCCUGACGCAAGCUUCGAUCAUAUUCUACAAGGUGUCUCACAGCCUAAGAAGAAGAAGAAAUGAAGAAACUGCCUAUCAUAAGGUUGUGUUUGGUUGUUUUUCCUUCUUAAAUCUUCCAUUGGUUGCUUUGUUUUUUCUUUUCUCUUUUCCUUGGCUCUUUUUUUCUAUACAUUGUUGGCGCGUACAAUUACAUUGUUUUACUGCUACAGCUCAGCACUGGAUGAGAUGAGAUGAGGAUGAAAAUGGUUUUAAUUUUUAAUUAUGCAUGACACACGCGCGCACAUAUAAUACGCUCACUCCCUUUAUACACUAACAUGGAAGCAAGCAGCUGUUCUUAUACUAUUCUUCCCUGCCCUUGGGCUUUAGAUGUUUCUUUUUUUUCUUAUUUGUUCCUUGGCUGUUUCCUUUCAUUGCUUCCUGUUUGUUGCAUUUCUGUACUUCAUCUUCCACCCGGCGUUGCACAAAAAGCAAAACAAAAACUGCCGAAUUGGAUAAAUGAUAGACUUACAUCAUGAAUGAUAUACAUACUAUGGGAAGUUAUGUCAACAUGGGUUGUGUUUUUCGGUAUGUUCUGUUACUUUGUUCUGUUUUAUUCUUGAGAGAUAUGUUGUUAUAUCUCGGAUCGUCCAUAGCUGGCUUAUUAACUUGGAUAGCUUUGUACUAUUUCUACCGUGUCGUUGAUCAUCGGUCCCUCAGAUAUUGAAGCUAACAAUUCCCACCGAGGUCUAGUUACUCUUCUUCCUGGCUCAUUACGGACAAGCGAUGAAUAUCAGCAACACCAACUAGCUAACUAUGGGCCAACACGAGCAGCAGUGUUUGCUAUUGGCGAUCUGAAUCCAUAGACUAUCUGCUGUUCAUGGCAUGGGCUGCUCCCUUUUGCGGGCCUCGAAACUCAUCCGCAGUGAUAGUAAUCGGCUGUUUCUAAGAAGUCUCAGUCUCCCCAGCCUUCCACUUGACUCCACAAUCAACAGCCAUCUUGUCGUUGAUGCUGUUUUAAAUUGCGCCCAAUCAACAGCUUCGAUUUACAGUUAGCUUCCUAUUUAAGCAUAUGUUACGGGUAUGCGGAACUUUGCGCCAGGGCCACUGCAGGAUGAACCAGGAUUAAGCAUCCAACAUCUGACUUAACCCAUUACAAGUCGCGGGUUGGAUGUUGGAUACAGGGCUUGACAGCCCAAGCGUCUCGGAUGGAAUUCCUUUCGAGGCUGUGUCACUAUAUUGCGCUCGAUCCCUUAACUACAAUAUCAGACACAAUGGGCGACCAAAAGUCACGAGAUAGUACCAUGCUGGAGUGGAUGGCUUACUUCCCACCGUUUCAAGUCUAUGGGUGCUUUCCCUUUGGACUUCCUUGCAGUUAGAAUCCCGCAUUAGUUAACAUAGGACUCCGUAUCUAUGGGGCUUGAGACCGGAGUAUUUGGCGAAAGUGCAAGCCUUGCAAUGGGGCCAAAUAUGGGCUUUGAUAUACCAAAAUAACGCCUGUAGACGCAUUUACGAUGUGUCCGCAGCCGUACCCAACAUCAAGGUUGGUUGGCCCCUUGCCCAAUAUACCCGGCUAGGGAUUAGAAAGCAUACGUUAGCUGAGUGAGGGGCCAGUAAGGAAUGCUGAAAGGCAGUGCAGAUGCAUUGCCCUUCAUUGCGACAAUAUUAUGUUUAAAAGGGAGCUCCUAUUCCAUCUGGAAAUGGAUACCCAGAUAUUCAACGCGCCGUUUUUUCCCUUUUGGAUAAGAGAAAAAAAGGGCACAAAAUACCAAUAUGAAGAUAUCUUUUUCCUCGUUGUUGGCGUUUUCUACGCUUCUUUACCAUUCCACGUUAGCCACAACCGCGAAAUCAUCACGAAAAGACGUCUUAGAAUCAUGGAACUUUGUUCAAGCACGACAUUUAUCUCCGGCAUAUCCUCAUGGUGGUCUUCGGAAACGGCAGCCUGGCAAGAUACUGCGAAAUAAAGCAAACCUCGAUUUUGUUGAUCAUUCCACUCAUGUUACUGCAAGAUCGAAUGACCCGGUCCUUUACGCUACUUUAAACAUGCGAAGUAACCAUCCAGUUCUCUCGAUAGAAGAUUUGGAGGAUGGCCUCGUGGAUGUUGCCUGCACUGAGGAAGGGAUAAAGCUUACCUUCAGUACUUCACAGUAUAUGGAGCAGGUUAGCAAAGAGCUUGGAAGCACCGAGGAAUUUGUUGCUAUCUCAUCACACUGGGGAUGUAAUGCAGAAGAGGAGAGGGCACCGCAUAUGUAAGUGAUAAGCAUUACGGUUAAAGUAUAUAUGCUAAUGCUAAUGCCGGUGUAGGAUUACUGGUAUUACUGUUAACAAGGACGAGAAUAGUGUUCUGCUCUCACGGAAGGAUGUUCAAUGGAAAGAAGCAUUCCGCAGCAUCGAUGUCUCCUUUUCACACAAGAGUAGCAGCAGUGUCGUCAGACGUAGUCAAAAACCCGUGAAUCCGAGCCGGCGUAGAAGUGGCACACCGACACCCGAAGGAUCACCAACU